GCGCACUUGAGCCCCACGGGCACCUUCGGGGGCGAGCGCGGGCUGCAGCUCCCGCGUCCCGGCCGGAGAUCUGACAAGCACCCCCGGGACCGGGGAGCUGGGCUUGCCUGGCUCGGGGAGGGUUACGGCCACCAGUGCUGGGAGGUGGGGGGUGGUCCCCGGGCGUCGCGAUGAACAUCGUGGUGGAGUUCUUCGUGGUCACUUUCAAAGUGCUGUGGGCGUUCGUGCUGGCCGCGGUGCGCUGGCUCGUGCGGCCCAAGGAGAAGAGCGUGGCCGGCCAGGUGUGCCUCAUCACGGGCGCCGGCAGCGGCCUGGGUCGUCUGUUCGCUCUGGAGUUCGCCCGGCGCCGGGCGCUGCUGGUUCUCUGGGACAUCAACACGCAGAGCAACGAGGAGACCGCGGGCAUGGUGCGCCACAUCUACCGCGACCUGGAGGCGGCGGAUGCUGCCGCUCUGCAAGCUGGAAAUGGUGAGGAGGAAAUUCUGCCCCACUGUAACCUACAGGUUUUUACCUACACUUGUGACGUGGGAAAGAGGGAGAAUGUCUACCUGACAGCUGAGAGGGUCCGUAAAGAGGUUGGCGAGGUCUCAGUCCUGGUCAAUAAUGCUGGUGUAGUCUCUGGACAUCACCUCCUGGAAUGUCCUGAUGAGCUCAUUGAGAGAACCAUGAUGGUCAACUGUCACGCACACUUCUGGACUACUAAGGCGUUUCUUCCUACAAUGCUGGAGAUUAAUCAUGGUCAUAUUGUGACAGUUGCCAGUUCCUUGGGAUUGUUCAGUACUGCUGGAGUUGAGGAUUACUGUGCCAGUAAAUUUGGAGUUGUGGGUUUUCAUGAAUCUCUGAGCCAUGAGCUAAAGGCUGCUGAAAAAGAUGGAAUUAAAACAACCUUGGUUUGCCCUUACCUUGUAGAUACCGGCAUGUUCAGAGGCUGCAGAAUCAGGAAAGAGAUUGAGCCCUUUUUGCCCCCUCUGAAGCCCGAUUACUGUGUGAAGCAGGCCAUGAAGGCUAUCCUCACUGACCAGCCCAUGAUCUGCACCCCUCGCCUUAUGUACAUUGUGACCUUCAUGAAGAGCAUCCUUCCUUUUGAAGCAGUUGUGUGCAUGUAUCGGUUCCUGGGAGCAGACAAGUGUAUGUACCCCUUCAUUGCUCAAAGAAAACAAGCCACAAACAACAAUGAAGCAAAAAAUGGAAUCUGACAGAGUCAAAGCAUCUUUUUGUAUGGAGUAUCCUUCCUCCCAGAAGACGAUCAGGACAGCUCAGUCUAUGCACACCAGCAGGACUGAUAUUCUCUGGAUUCUAACCCCAUGUUGACUUUUGUUUUUUAUAAUCAACUUUUUUAAAAAAAGAUAAAGUGUAAAUUAACUGACUAGAAAACUUGGAAAAUGUGAUCAUAAAUGUGUGCUAAAGUUGUUGCCAGCAGGGUCUUUUUAGAAAUGACCCUAAGACCAGUCUAGUCUUUAGACAAGCACUGGGUGGCAUCUUUGGGCUAUCAUUGUUGUUUUUAAUGAUCAUAAAGUCUAGAUAUGAAAUCUAUAAUGUGUUUAAUUUGUAUGAUUUUUCUGAAUUCUCAUAGAGCUUACUCAUUGUUGUCAUGAAAUUCUAGCCAACUGACAUUCUUGAAACUCCAAGGAGUAAUGGUUUUCUAAGUUCUACUUUUGCAAACCCGGGUGGCUUUUUCAUGGUGUUUGUAUAUUCAGCUCUUUUAGAAAGGAAUUUUGCAGUCCCCAUCACUGUGAAGUCCAUGACAUCUCAGCAUCACAGUGAGGGUGACCAGGUCUCUUUCUUAAACUUGUAAUAACUAAAGUAUUAGCUGAUUUUUAAAUUUUAUCUCUGAAAUACUUCAUGAAGUGUCUUGAGACCUAGUUAUCCAAAAAGAUCAUACAUUUUCUACCUGUGGAUUUUGCUGCGUAUAGAAAGUGCCCUUUCCUCAGGGAGUUGCUGUGUUUUGUGCUUGGGGCUGGACUCUUGUCUAAGCAAACAGCAACUCUGCAAAGAAAGUUUCGGAAAACAGAAACUUCUACAUUAAAAAGUCUCCAUUUUUGUGCCAACUAUGAUUAGUGAGGGGGAAAAUCCUUAUUGUAUGGAGUAUGUGUGGAAGGGUGUAAAGAUUCCUUUGAAAGGUUUAUUCACAUUGUAGAACCGCAAAUGACAUUUUUACAGUAUUUUUUUGUAAAGCAAACUAUUUUGUGCCUUGAAUUUGGUAUAUGUGUAUUAGUGAAACAUUGUAAAAGUGAAUUUCUACCUCUGUAUCUAGAUGUGUACCAUCCACUUGUAAAUUACCUAUGAACUAUUAUGUGAUUGAUUUUUUUUUUAGAAUGUCUUGUUUAAAUAGUGACCAAUGUUUAAGGCUAUUAAAAUAAGCCAACUUUUACUAAUUGGGACAUUUUAUAAAAUUUAUGAUUAAAUGCAAAGAAUUAACUUA